AUGAAAAAGGUGAAAGUUGAUUGUGGAAGUUCUGUCAAUCCAAAAGUAGUGGGGCAGCUAUGGAAGGUAAUCGACAGAAAAGAGAUUAAUCUGCAUCAAAAAUGCUCUAUUUUCCUUGAGAUGAUAGAAUGCAAAAAGAUGAAUGAGGAGCUUACAAGAAAAAAUAACGAGCUUAUUGAAGAGAAUGCAGCUUUAACAUCCAUUCUGGAAACACAAAAAGAGAAUACAAACAAUGCCGGGUGCUUAGAUGAAGCACCCAAAUUUGAUGUUGGAAGCAAAAUCUCUUCAUUGAACUAUGAAAUAAGAAGGUUAAAUAGUAUAAUUUGUGAAAUGCAAAAGAAGAUAGCCAGAAACGAAAUCUUUGUUGAGACUGAGGAAGCUCUACAGACUAAGGAUUCAGGAGAAAAGAAGCACAAUGUUGUAGAUGAUUCUAUGGUGGCCAACGAAAUAUAUAGGAAAAUUGCUGAAGAGUAUGGGGAUCUCAAGGCAAAGAUGGCAGGGCUAGAGAGUAAGCACAGUGAAGAGCUUUGUGAAAGAGAUCAAAAGAUAUUCAAGCUUAGCAGAGAGCUAAACGAGAUUACAUUGAAUACAAAAGAUGCCGAGGAGAGGCUUAGAGCCUUAAAGAUAGAAAACGAAAAAUGGAAAGAGAUGUUGCAAAGGCUUAAUGAAAAGGAAAUAAACAUUAGUGGCGAGAUAGACCAGUGCAUUCAGAAGGCGGAGAGCUUAGAUAGAAGUAUGCAAAAUAUUAUAUCUGGAGUGGAUCUUUGGGUGAGAAGGAUUGAGCAGACAAAUACAGAAAAAGAAGAGCUUUACAAAGUGAUAGAAAAUCAUAAAAGUUACGAGAAGGCAAGAAACAGAGGAAAUAAUGGUGAGCAAGGGUCUCUGGAAGAAGAGAUAGCCAAUCUUAUAGAAAGCUUGGAUAAGAGCUUAGACGAAAACAAAGCACUAGUUAUGAAGCUUGAAGCUAUACAUAAGAAGAACAGAGAAUUGGAAGGGGAGGUGAUUUCCUUAAAAAUGUCCACUUCAGACCUCAAUUGUAAAAAUGCAAAACUUGAGCUGGACAUAAAACAUCUAAGGAUGGAGAGAAGGACCUCCCUUCUCGAAGAUCCUGAGGACAAAACAUUGAAAAUCAAGAAGUUAGAAAAUUCCAUUACGGAAUCCUCUAAGCUGAUUACAGACUACAAGAAAAGACUAUACAGCAUAUCCAGAGAAAAGGAGGAAACCGAAAAAAUGUUAGAAUCUAUCAAAAAGCAAAAUAGAGAAAUAAGAAAUGAAAUGUCGAGGAUUUCAAGAGAGUGUUCCCAAAUUGACGCAGAAAACAAAAGGCUGAAUGGAUUGCUUAAGGCCAUUCAAAAUGGAGAUUCAGAAGGAGAUUCGGACCUUUCUAUACAAUUGGAAAGAUAUAGAGGUCUCCUUCGCUGUUCUCUUUGUGACACACGCUUCAAAAAUACAGCAAUCGUCAAAUGCAUGCAUUGCUUCUGUGAGGAAUGCAUAAGCUCCAGGAUAAGAAUGAGAGACAGGAAGUGUCCCUCCUGUAACGAGCCCUUUUCACCUAAUGACGUGAAGAAGAUUUAUCUAUAG